AUUUUUUGCUGGAGGAAGAAGGCAGUGGAAUUUGCUCUGAGUGGGGAUGGUUAUGCAAGAUGCAAAGAGGAGGAGGAGGAAGCUGAGAGGAGAGUUGGUGAGUCAGAGGAGAAAAGCUGCACAACUUGGCUAGCAGUGAGCCUUUAGAGCAGUGGGGAAGCCUCAGCCACUAACAAGCAUGAUACUGCCCAGAAAAAUGAAGCCACUGCUGUUCGUGGCUUCCCAGAUGGCUAUCUUUGUUCUAUUCAUCCUUCUGUACUUCCACAACUUCAACUCCCUGCAGGUGAAGGAGGAACCCAAGCCCACACACAUGCAUGUGCUGGUCCUGUCUUCGUGGCGCUCUGGCUCUUCUUUUGUAGGGCAGCUUUUUGGACAGCACCCAGAUGUUUUCUACCUGAUGGAGCCCGCAUGGCACGUCUGGAUGACCUUCACACAAAGCACCGCCCAGAGGCUGCAUAUGGCAGUGCGGGAUCUGAUACGGGCUGUCUUUCUGUGUGACAUGAGUGUCUUUGAUGCCUACAUGAAACCUGGCCCGCGAAAACAGUCCAGCCUCUUCCAGUGGGAAGGCAGCCGGGCCCUGUGUUCCCCACCUGCCUGCAACAUCUUCCCUCGAGAUAAGAUCAUACCCCAGGCUCACUGCAGGCUUCUGUGCAAACAACAGCCCUUUGAGGUGGUGGAAAAGGCCUGCCGUACUUAUAGCCAUGUAGUGCUCAAGGAGGUGCGCUUCCUCAACCUGCAGGUGCUCUACCCGCUGCUGAGAGACCCUUCCCUCAAUCUGCACAUUGUGCAUCUGGUCCGGGACCCCCGCGCAGUGUUCCGUUCCCGAGAACGCACCACGACGGAACUCAUGAUUGACAGCCACAUUGUGAUGGCGCAGCAUCAGCAGACACUCAAGAAGGAGGAUCAACCCUACUAUGCGAUGAAAGUCAUCUGCCAAAGCCAGCUGGAGAUCUACAAGGCUGUGCAGUCCUUGCCCAAAGCCCUGCAGCAGCGCUACCUGCUCAUGCGCUAUGAGGACUUGGUCCGGGACCCCCUGGCCCAGACUGCUCGAAUGUAUGAAUAUGCGGGGUUGAAAUUCUUGCCCCAGCUCCAGACCUGGGUGCACAACAUCACCCGAGGCAAGGGCACGGGUCAGCACGCCUUCCACACAAAUGCCAGGAAUGCCCUCAAUGUCUCUCAGGCCUGGCGCUGGUCCUUGCCUUAUGAAAAGGUUUCUCGACUUCAGAGCAUCUGCAGGAAUACCAUGAAUCUAUUGGGUUAUCACCUUGUCACAUCUGAGCAAGAGCAGAAAAACCUGUCCCUGGAUCUUCUGUCUACCUGGAGCCCCUACGAGCAAGUCUACCAAGAGGGCUGAGGAGGCUCUGUCUCCACCGGCACGGGCUUCGGCCACGUUAACUGAAGGCUGCUUCUGAGCCUUGACCGUGGUUAUCAGUGUAAGCGUGAGUAUGCGUUGUGCCCAAAGAUGUUCAAGUCGAGAAAUCUUCAUGUCCCUGCUCAUAUCUAGAGAAGGGACUUGGGAACCUUAUGUGAGUGGCAUAUUCCACCAACAAAACAGAAGUAAUGCCUUUAUUCUCUUCUUGGCCUUCUUAUCUACAUAUACCUCAGAGACUUUGUGGCCUGGGUCCUAUGUGGCACCAUGCAGUAUCACUGGAGUAAAUCCAUAAACUCCUCUGUCCACAUCUUGCCCAAUGGGAAAGGAGAGAGACAGGGAAAACCAGGGAAGUGGGUCUUCCACCAAAGAGCCCACCCACACAUUCAAUAGGGAUGUGAACUCUGAGCCCUCAGAGCUCCCACUGGAUUCAAAAAGAGAACAGGGAAUAGGGUUGGACGCUUACCCGUGAGCUUGGCCAUCAAAGCUACCGAUGACCACAAAUACGGAACAAACUCUCUGCACAACAGAAGAAGCUUUAAAGUUCAUGGGAUGGCUGGGUCCAAUUUGGACAUCAGUUCCCCUCGGUGUUUUCCUACUUUAACCUGUGAAGCUGCCAUCUGUUAACACUAAAAUUCCAAAAUAA